AUGCGGCUACACCGAUAUACACAGAUAGUGGCUACAUCGCGGUCGACGUCACCCAACCUUUGGACCUGGCCCGAUCGACCACCCCAAGAAAUACCCCGAGCGCGAGCCCGGCCGCUUGGCUUGCCCGGCGCGCAACGGUCGAUCGAGCCCGCACACGCACGCUCCCGCGGGUCGCGACCGACACCGGCCGAUCUGACCGAGUGCAUGCGCCCACGACGCCCGCCCGCCCGUCUUCCUUCCGGCGCGCCUUCCCCUUAAUUCCCCUUGGAUCCUCGAGACGAGAGUCAAACCAAAUCCACAAGCCCAAACGCACGUCGCCGAAAGCAGGGCCCCUCCGCCUCGCCGCCAUGACGCCGCGCGACGGCGCCGUGGACCUGUGGGCGAUGGCCGCCGAGCUGGAGCGGCAGUUCGCCGGCUACAAGCAGCGCCUGGCCUCCUCCGGGAGGAUCAGCAGCCUCGUCGCCGACGACGACGCCCACGUCCUCGUCCUCGCCGCCGCCCCCGACGACGACCGCGUCGAGGAGGAGGAGGAGGAGUACGCGGCGGUCGGAGGCGUGCGGGGGAGGAUGUACGAGGCGUACACGCGGCGGCGGGACGAGCGGCUGCGGUCCGUGUGGCGCGCGCGCAUGGAGCGCAAGGAGGCCGAGGUCAUGGCGCUCUGGGCGCAGCUGGACGCCCGCGGCGGCGGCGGCCCGGCCGCCGCGGAGGACGUCGACGGCGCGGCCGGAGAGCAGGAAGCCGAGGACGGCGGCGAGAGAAGAAGGAGCUCCGACGUGGCUGCUCCGGGCAUGGUCUCCGGCAAGAAGCACCCGCGCACCAGGAGGAGCUUCUCGUCGGCCAACUUGGUCAAAAGCACCCGCCCGGACGUCGGGAUACGGCGCGCGGUCUCGCAGGAACCACCCGAGCCACCGGCAGGCACCGACGACGGCGCCGGAAGGAAGCACGGACACCGAGCCCGACCAGUGACCGGCGCCGCGCCCAAGCGCAAGGCCUUGUCGGGGAGCAAGGGCGCCUCGGCGAAGGGGCACGGCUCAGUCAGGCAGUCUGGCCCGAAGCCGAAGCCGCCGCGCAGCUUCCCCCGGCCGUCCAGCUCCGGCGGCAUGGAGGGUGUCAGGGAGGCAGCGCUGCCGCAGAACGGGAACGUGGCUUCUUCCCCAAGACCGUUCUUGGCGAGUGACAAUGGCACUGGCACCCAGAACGCGCGAGCCGCCUCGCCGGCAUCAGAUGGCGGCGAGGUAGUGGACAGUGCAGCUCCAGCAGUAGAUGGCGACGAGCCGGAAGCGAAGAAUGGGGAGAUCACCGGCGACCCGGAGAGACGCGAUGCCGAGGAGAUCGUGGUGCGGUCGCCGGAGGCGAAGCUCGGGAACGGAGAGAUCACCAGCGACUCGGAGACCGAGCCGAGCUACGUCUUCAUCAAGAAGAAGGCCGUCGUCGAGGAGGAGGAAGCCGCGAGGCUCUCUGACGCAUUGGCUGGACCAAGAUCUGAAGAACCACAUAUCCAGGUCAGGAAUGGCACAGACGAUGCAGACGAGGCUCCUACGGCGGCGAAUGCCGAAGAAGCGCCGGGGAGGGGAAGCUCCGACUCGGUGUCCUCCAUGUCAGGCCGGGUCUCCGCUCCCAGCAGCCCGCCCUCCUGCAGCUCCCGUGCUAAGUCCAUCGAGAGGCUGCUCGUGGAGGACGCUGCGCUGCUGCGGAAAAGGCGAGAGGACCAGAGCGCCACCGGAGGGAGGAGCGUCCCGGCGGUAUCGACGCCGGGCAGCGCGGGGAGAAGGGCCUACGGCGCGGCGCCGACGACGUCUCCGAGAGGGACGGCGAUGGGGUUCAAGAAGAGGUUCCUGAGCUUCGGGAAGAAGAACAGAGGCAGCAGGGAGGGCGCUACCACCGUCAUCGUCGACUGCACCUCUCCGGCGAUCGACGACGACGAUGGCGCGAGCGAGCGGUGGCGGACGGCCGCCGACUCGAUCAGGCCCAGGGUGCUGGGCUCCUCCUCGGACGCUGCCUCCGACGACACGGAUCAGUAUGCCGCCUCGCCACAGGCAUGCUCUCUGCAAAUCCUCGUGGCUGCUGCUUCUCCUGCAAAGUCUGAGCUAAGUGAGAUAGUUCCAUCGGAGAAGUCACCAAAAGCUCACCGUUCGUUCUUCUCGCUCCGGUCCUUCAACUGUGGCAGGAGCUAGCUGGAUUGACUGGGUUUACCGUAUAGCCGACACUGUAAAUCUUAGGAUAUUAAUGGAGUUGGAAAGAAAUUUAUAGCUGGGUUUGCUCCCUGAAAUCUUCUGAACUUUGUGCUUCAGGAGUUGAUUGGUUUUAAGAGCAUGUGAAAUAUGUUACUGUUCGUUGAUGCAGGGCAUCAGUCUGUGCAGUGGUAAACACAUUAUUUUAACCUGCUGGAACAGUCUAUGUA